AAAGCUAAAGAGAGAAAAAGUAUGAAAGUCCCAAACAGGCCGCAAGGAAGCUACUGCUGAUUCUUGGGCAAGGAGAGUGGAAGAUCCGACAAUGGCGAGCGGGUGGGUCAAGUCUCUGCAGUGCAAAUCCAGGGCAUUCGAAGAUGUUUACCAUCCCAACCCCAAACACCUCAUACCCAGUUCUAGUUGUAGAAGAUCCUCGCAAAGCAUCAAAGACGUGGUCGACACGGCGAAGAAGAAACCCAAGAAACCCAAUGAGAAAUCUUCAUCGAAGUUCCCCAAACCCGAACCCACUCUCAAUCCUCCGCCGCGGAUUCACCACACCAACUCUUCACGUUCUGCCCGCAACCCAGAUCCUUUUCUGACCGAGCUGCCCGAGGGUCACCCUUCGAGGAAUGUCGUAGAGAUAAUCUUUCACACUAGCUGGAGUCCCAAGGCGUUCAUGGGUCGGAUUGAGGUCAUAUUCAAAGUGCAGAACGGGCCGAGAACGGUGGCACGGUUCGAGGAGUAUCGCGAGAUGGUGAAAUCUCGGUCUGGUUCGGAUGGUCCGGCUGACGAUGAGAAUGCAAGGUGCGUGGCGGACGGGAAUGAGGUGAUGCGUUUUCAGUGCUUGGGUCCCACGUCAGGGACCGGUGGAGUGAACGACACUUGGUUAUUUUCCGCCGGAAAGGGUGCCGCUAUCUGUACAUUCUCCGGCAGCGGCGGGGCACAUGAGAGUGCUGGAGGCGGGAGAGGGAGGAGGGCGAUGUUAGUCUGCCGAGUCAUCGCGGGUCGUAUCUCGAAAAGGGUCGGGUUCGGAUACGAGGCGCUGCUCGAUGGACGAGUCGGGUAUGACUCAGUGAGUGGGGACAACGGGGAGUUACUCGUGUUUGACUCACGCGCGGUGUUGCCUUGCUUCCUUAUUAUCUACAAAUUGUAAAAAUAACGCUUUUCUUUUUCAAUUUUUUUUUAAAAUAUUUUAUUUUAUUUUUAUUUUUUAUGAUGGGUGAAUCUUCUUUAUUGCAUUUAUCAACACAAUUUUUUGUUUCUUGUUUUUUUGUUUUUUUUUUUUUUAAUUUUUCUAGGGUCUCUUCCUUAUAUUUCAAAAUCAGAAAAUUGGGUUGAUAAAUGCGAAAUUGAAUG